CUGGUGAUUGGCCCAAAGUCACCCAGCUAACUUUUGUGCAUAAGGCGGGACUAGAACUCACCGAGUCCUGGUGAUUGGCCCAAAGUCACCCAGCCAACUUUUGUGCAUAAGGCGGGACUAAAACUCACCGACUCCUGAGUUCUAGGCCAAUAUCUUAAUUGCUAGCAAACGUGUCUCUACGCAUGUAUAUGUGGAUACUUUGAAGCCCCCUCUCCAUCCCUCCAUGGUAACCUUGUGGCCUCUCUUUGGCGGGUGGGGUGGCUGCUUGUGGGUGUUACAGGCGUUCGGGGCUGCCCCGCUGGAUUCUGGCUGCUUGUCUUUUCCUUUCCAUCAUGGUGAUGCUCUGGCUGAGUUGCGCCAGUUUGGUGACUGCGCCGGAUCAACACGUCAAGACUCAGCCCCUGAGCAUCAAUGGAGACAAAGAAUACCUGGAAGACCUAGAUGGCCCCGUGCCCUAUUCCUUACGCCCCGUCAUUGCCAUGGCCAUCUGCCCCACGGAGGAGAACAAGGAAGCAGGCGUACUGCCGGUCAAGGUGGAUUUAGACAAGACUGUGCUCUAAGAGCCUACCCCCACC